CAGCAUAUGGUGCUGUACGCAAUAAGGCGGUCUUCUUCUGUUGGUUACACUUUUUGGGGCAUAAGCUCUGCGCGUUUUUAUACGCGUGUAUUGAAGAAUACGAUAUUUGCUGCAUCUUCGUGGAUUGUCAGUGGCGUUUUUGAUGGCAAUAUAAGUUGGAGAUUGCUAAGGAGAGCUGCUCUCUUAAAACUGACCCAUAAACAACCUCCAAUAGCACUAUCCAAGUGUCACGAAAAAUAAUCACUUGGUUGAAGCCAUGCCCUGCGUUCAGGCUCAGUAUGGGUCAUCACCGCAAGGAGCGAGUCCCGCUUCUCAGAGCUACAGCUACCACACCACUGGAGAGUACAGCUGUGAUUUCCUAACGCCCGAGUUUGUUAAGUUUAGCAUGGACCUAACCAACACCGAGAUCACAGCCACCACCUCUCUUCCAAGUUUCAGCACGUUCAUGGACAACUACAACAGCAGUUACGACGUGAAGCCCCCUUGCCUGUAUCAGAUGCCCCAUUCUGGAGAACAGUCCUCCAUCAAAGUGGAGGAUAUCCAUGUGCACGGCUACCACCAACAGAGUCAUCUGCCAUCUCAGUCUGAAGAGAUGUUGUCCCAUUCUGGGCCAUUAUACUACAAGUCGUCUUCGCCCCACACUCCAGCAACAGCAAACUUCCAGGUUCAGCCCAGCCAUAUGUGGGAUGACUCUGGGUCCAUUCACAGUUUCCAUCAGAACUAUGUAGCGACUACACACAUCAUAGAACAGCGCAAGAAUCCGGUGUCCAGGCUAUCGUUUUUCUCCUUCAAACAGUCUCCUCCUGGAACCCCAGUGUCCAGUUGCCAGAUGAGAUUUGACGGACCUCUUCACGUGUCAAUUAACUCUGAUAGCCCAGGAGCUCAUCGGGGCCUUGACAGUCAGAGUUUCAGUGUGCCCAGUGCUAUCAGAAAGCAGGCAGGAAUAGGAUUUCCUCACCCCCUUCAUUUUGGACAUGGACACCAGUUAAUGGACAGCCAAAUUCCAUCACCUCAACCGAGAGGAUCGCCUUCUAACGAGGGGCUGUGCGCUGUUUGCGGGGACAAUGCCGCGUGCCAACAUUAUGGAGUCCGUACCUGCGAGGGCUGCAAAGGAUUCUUUAAGCGCACUGUUCAGAAAAAUGCCAAAUAUGUGUGUUUGGCUAACAAAAACUGUCCAGUUGAUAAACGGCGCAGAAACAGAUGCCAAUAUUGUCGUUUCCAAAAGUGCCUUGUUGUUGGGAUGGUGAAAGAAGUCGUUCGGACUGCCAGUUUAAAGGGUCGCAGAGGUCGUCUCCCAUCUAAACCUAAAAGUCCUCAGGAGCCCCAACCUCCCUCGCCAGUUAGUCUCAUUGGCGCUCUAGUGAGGGCCCACGUGGAAUCAAAUCCAUCUAUGUCAGGCUUGGACUACUCAAAAUUCCAGGCUAACCCUGACUACCAAAUGACUGGAGAUGACACCCAGCACAUCCAACAAUUCUAUGAUCUCCUGACGGGAUCCAUGGAGAUUAUCCGAGGUUGGGCGGAAAAGAUGCCGGGGUUUGCUGAUCUCCCCAAACACGACCAGGAUCUCCUCUUUGAAUCCGCUUUCCUGGAACUUUUUGUUCUACGACUGGCAUAUAGGUCCAACCCAGCGGAAGGUAAACUCAUUUUUUGCAACGGAGUGGUUCUGCACAGGCUCCAGUGCGUCCGAGGGUUCGGGGAAUGGAUUGACUCCAUUGUGGAGUUUUCUUCCAACCUCCAGAGCAUGAAUAUAGACAUUUCAUCGUUCUCGUGCAUAGCUGCCCUUGCCAUGGUAACAGAGAGACAUGGACUAAAGGAGCCCAAGAGGGUAGAAGAUCUUCAAAACAAGAUUGUAAAUUGUCUAAAAGACCAAGUGGCAUUUAAUUGUGGUGGUCUGAUUCGCCCAAACUACUUAUCAAAACUGUUGGGGAAACUCCCUGAACUUCGCACUCUAUGCACACAAGGUCUACAGCGUAUCUUUUACCUGAAGCUUGAAGACUUGGUUCCACCACCAGCAAUAAUUGACAAACUGUUUCUAGACACAUUGCCUUUUUAAAUAAUUGACAAUGGCAUUUCCGAGCGAAAUCAAACAACGUCCGCAGAUAUGCUUGUUAAAGCUGGGACAUUUGUGUUCAGGCGAUUCCACACUAUUUCAGAAAGUAUUUCACGCGGAGGACCAGUCUGAAUUCAAAUGAAUGGUAUUGUUUCAUUAUCACUUCUAAUAUUAUUGGUGAAUGAGCGGCCUUUUUAGGGGACAGAUUGGCCGCAACGGCGUUACUGAACUGGGACUGUUCUUGACAUAGUCAGGCACUUUCCAACAGCUGUAUUUCUAUUUGUCAAACAAAAUAUGUUGUCUGGGAAAUACGUCAUUAAAUGUAAUAUAUUCAAUUUAUAUAUUAAUAUAUAAUAAAUUAUGUGACGCGUCCAAUGCGUCCGUUUAUAAGAGGUGUAUGAAGCGCGUAAAUGACUGACUUCCCUUAUGUUUAUGUUUGUGGCGGUGUGUUUCUGUCUGGAUUACAGACAGGAAAGUCUUCAAAAAAGGGAGUGCACGUUGUUGGAUGUCUUUAGACACUUGCAAUGGAGAUAAUGUCUGUCCUACACAUUAUAUUCCGGACACUAUGUAGUCUGAUAGAUUUUAUAAAGAUUCGGAGUUCUGGACAAAUUUUGUGUAUUGCACAAAUGUGAAGAAAAUAUAUCUGUAUAAGCGAGAAGACAUACUCGAUGUUUGUAAAACAGUCCGGCAUUCCUUGUCUGUAUGUGCUGUAUGUUUCGUUGUUGUUGUUGAAUAUAAAAUCUUCUAUUUAUUAUUUAGUUGUCAAGAACUACAUUUUGCAUGCUGCAAUUUAAAUAAUCUUGAGAGCUACAUGAUUAUUUCUGGCACUUUGUCUUUAUUUUAUGUCUUCUCGGAAACCGAGCAAUUAGUCGAUUAAUAUUAUUUUACUUGAGUGACGUUUAAAAAAAUCUAUAACAGUAUUUAAUGUAUAUUUCAUAAAUAUGUGUGCAGUACAUAAUGCAGUCCACUGCCUUUUUACAGAGCUGCGAUGCAUUAGGUGCCGAACUGGGAAAAUAUCUCCUUUUGAAAGAAAUACUUAAUGUUUACAAAUAAAACUGUUAAAUAAUAUUUGCGCCCUAAACAUUUUUUUUUUUUUUUCAUUUUGGAGUACUUGUAAAGAACAGACUGGCAAAAUAUCAAGCGGCUUUUUGUAGGCUCAUUUUAACCGAAACCCUAUCGUUCAAGUUACAAUAAAACAUAUUAUAAAUGUAAUAGUUGACUUGCUUCAUUUCUUAUUAUUAGUUGGCCAAUUUGCUGUUGUAGUUGGGGAUUGCUGUGAAUUAAAUAACACGAAUUAAUGAAUGUCCAUUACUAGGAACAGAAGAGAAAGCAAAUGCAUUUAAAGUUAGAUUGUGUUACUUUAGCCUAAUUUCUAUACGUAUGAUCAAAGAAGAAAGUAAGUGCAAAAGCUAUAUAGAAUGACUUACUUCAUAUUAGUAAUGUGUCAUAUUCCAAAUAAGGAACAUCUAUGGAGAAAAACAUCCGACAAACUGUAACCGGUGCCUAAUCUUCCAAAAUAAAAUAUCUAGAAUCUCAAAGAAGGGGUCGGACUUCCAAAAAAUGUAUGUAUGUAUGUAUGUAUGUAUGUAUGUAUGUACAUAUGACUAUUAUUAUCAUUAGUAUUAUUACUACGGUGAUAUAUUUAUUCAG